AUGAUCCAUAUAAGCGAGUCUUUUUUUUUACCUCCUGCGUCUAAAUUACCAAGACCGACAUCUUCGUCAAAAGAUCAAACAUCUUCUGAAGUUUUAAGAUCUGGAGAAUCUUCAAAAACUUCGAGAUCAGAAACAGCUCUAAGAACUGGAACAGCUCCUAGAGCAACUAAUUCAACUUCAAAAUCCACGACACCAGUUUUGAGACCUACUACUCCAUUUGUAGUUUCUCGCCCCACUACCCUAAUAUUUAAUCAAAACACCAAGACUAUUAUUAUCUUUAUUAAUCAUGUCGGCGCAGAUAAUGAGGAAUAA